AUGGCUUCCUUACGAGCCAGAAUUCUGUUUGCCACACAACCUUAUUUUUCUUCAAAUAUUUAUCCUGAUAUUGUCUUUCUUUUCGUUCUCCAAAAUAUGUCGGUUACAAAACUUCAAUUCCAACCCUUCUACUUUCCUCAUCUUUUCUGUUUCGUUGGCGGUUAUGAAAUUCAAUUCAUGGUUUCAGAACGGUUUCUCAAUUGUUUUCCUAAAUCCUCCUUCCUUUAUUGUUUGGGGUUUUCCAACUUCCAAUCUUCUCCAUGUUCAUCGGCGAUUUCAGAUGACAAGGAUGUCACGGUUUCACAAAACACUUUCUAUUUCAUAUUCCAUAUUCGAAAACGAUUUCGACAUCCAUUACUCUCUUCUUAUUCUGAUGCCUCUCUCUUUUUCUUCUUCGUCAUUUCAAUUCAAUUUAAUUAUUUUGGUUUUAGGAUUUGA